AUGGACAGUAAAGCAAAUGAAGCAAAUCUUCAGAUUGGAGAAAUAAGGAAAUGUAUCCAAUGUCUUUUCUGUAAAGAUUCUAAACCUCUGAAUGGCUUUUUGUCGCACAUCAGACAGGAACAUCUCAAUUAUAAGCGUUACAAGUGUACAAAAUGUACAUAUGAGUGUGACACUGAAGAAGAAAGCACACUGCACCUUCUUGAAACUAGUCAUAAUUUGAAAGUCCGUUUUUGUAAAUUUGAUGAUACAAGUUAUCAAGAAUAUUUGGCGCGAAAGAUUUUUCAAGAUUGUUGCCGUGAAGGAUGUUCUGAUAGAUCGAGUGCUGACAAACGAGAGGACAAAAAUAGCGAAGAAGAUUGUAUAUUUGAGCAUGGUGAAGCAAUGCAACCAACAACUGUUUGUCGAAAAUGUGGCAAGAAAGUUGUUAUCCAUUAUGUUGCUCGGAAAAAGCAUGCAUUGCAGUUUCAUUUUACCCAGAAUGAUGAUCCGGAACUUUUCAAAUUGCUUCCAGCCACUGUGAAAGCUUGUUUUCCAGAGUUUUCUCCUUCUAGUGAUUAUGAGUGCAGUGCAUGUGGAAAAAUUUUUGAAACAGACCGUGGUCGAAGAAAUCAUGUUCUAAAAGAACACUUUUAUUGGUCUGCGGCUUGUCCGCUCUUAGGUUGUACGACUAUAAUUAAUGCAAACAAUGUUUUGCUUGAACAUUUCAAGUUGGAUCAUCGUCUUGACAAACCGGCACUCUCGAAAAAUUUAAAGUUAAUGCUUCGCAAUAUGAAAAAAGAACGAGGCGAUGAAUUUUUUAGACAACUAAAUGAGUGCUUUCCUUGCCCAUUGCCAGGAAAAAAACCAAAUAGCACGCAGCACUCAGAACAGUAUAAGAGUCAGUUUCUAAAGCCGAGCCUAAGUGACGUUCUGUCUUCCCUUAUAUCUUCUCAUUCUAAUAAACAAAUAACGAGGAAAAAUCCCCAAUAUUCGUCAUCGGACUCGGAAUCAAGUUGUGCAGAAAUUGAAGACAUCGACAAGACAGUUAUAAAAACCAUUCAUGAUUGCCGAUUUUGUCUGUCCUUAAAGGAUUCACAAUGUGUUUUUAGUGAGCGGGGUACUGUGACACUGAUCGUGGGUUCAUUUGUAGAUGUAACAGAGCUUACAAACCAUCCGAAAGAUAUGGAAAAUUUCGAUAUUUCAUUUCAAACCUCUCAUAUCUAUGAUGGCAGUGAUAGCUUCUCAGAUGGUCAACAGCUUUCCUGCACUAUCUGUCAUCUGAAGGUAGCAAAAAAUGUAAUGGAAUCUCAUGCUUGGACACACCUUUCGAUCGACACUCAAGCAAACAAUAGACUGCCAUUUCAGUGCACUGGUUGUGACUUUACAGCAUAUCGCAUAUUUGAUAUCAUAUAUCAUGCAAAAAUAAAACACAUGUGGAUAAAUGAAAAUCUCUUCGUUCCAGGUGUGCCAUGGGAAGUACUGAAAGCGUUUUUGAGAAAAGUAGUUGAAUGUUUUCCACCAGUAAAACAUUAUAUGUAG